AUGGACUCUUGCUGUGUGCCGACUAACGGCCUGCUCGUCCUUGUCCAGCAAUGGUACAAUGGCCUGGGUCCGGCGGAUCAGUACACCCUGCACGGCCUGUGGCCGGAUACCUGCACGGGUGGACUGACUCCCAGCAGCGGCUGUGAUGCGAGCCGCGUCUACUCGAACGUCGGCACCAUCAUUCAGAACUACAAUCCCACUCUCUACAACCAAAUGAGCAUGUACUGGCCGUCAUACACUGGCGACAACAACAGCUUCUGGUCCCACGAGUGGAGCAAGCACGGCACAUGCGUCACCACUCUUGACCCAAGCUGCUACACGUCCUACACACAGUACCAGGAUGUCAACGACUACUUUGCCCAGGUUCUGGGCCUGCGCAGCAAGUAUGACUACUAUACUGCGCUGAAGAACCGUGGCAUUGUGCCAACCACGGGCAAGACCUUCACUGCCGCUGCGUUCAAGGCUGCGAUCAAGGCCGAGCUGGGAAUUGACGUCGUGCUCAAGUGCUCGAGCGGCACCUUGAGCGAGAUCUGGACCUGGUUCAACGUGCAGAACAAGAGCACCUACGUCCCCACCUCGACCUGGGUCAGCGAUACCUGCACUACCUUCACCUACCCGCCCAAGUACUAG